CUACCUGCGGCCGGGUGGGGGGAGGGGGCGCCCCGCUCGGCGCCGCCAUUUUGGCCGCUGAGGAACAAAAGAGCCGGAGUCUCCGCCCGCGCUGCCGCCACCGCCAGACUCUUUGAAUUGGAGGAAACGCUUUUUGGGAGACAGAUUUUUGGAGACUUCUGCCUCUGAACUGCCUUCACCACUGCCACCUUGUUCUGUCUAAUGUGCUACAAGGAUGAGCCCAGCAUUUGGAGCUAUGGAAGUGGAGCACUAUUCCAAGGGAGUCCUGCUCGAGCCUUUUGUCCACCAGGUUGGGGGUCACUCCUGUGUCCUCCGGUUUAAUGACAAGACCAUCUGUAAACCCCUCAUCCAGAGGGAACACCAGUUUUAUGAGACUCUCCCAACAGAAAUGCGUAAAUUCACUCCUCAGUAUGAAGGCGUGGUGUCGGUGAGCUUUGAAGAAGACGAAGAUGGAAACUUAUGUCUAAUAGCAUAUCCGUUAAAUGGGGACCAUGAUAACUUGGAAAGUUUAGAUAAUUCUGACUGUGAAACCAAAAAUAAGUUGUUGCGGUGGACUAACAAAAAGACUGUAUUAUUAGAAAAUGAAAAGGUAUCUAAAGAGUGGGUCCGACAGCACAGGAAGGAGGAAAAGAUGAAAAGUCACAAAUUAGAGGAAGAAUUUGACUGGCUGAAGAAAUCCGAAGUCAUGUAUUAUAGUGCAGAGAAAAAAGGGAAUGUCAGUUCCCAGAUAAAACAUCAUAAUCCUUGGAGUAUGAAAUGUCACCAGCAGCAGUUACAGAGAAUGAAGGAAAAUGCUAAACAUAGGAACCAAUAUAAAUUCAUCUUGCUGGAAAACUUAACCUCUCGAUAUGAGGUACCAUGUGUGUUGGACCUCAAAAUGGGGACCCGGCAGCAUGGAGAUGAUGCAUCAGAAGAGAAGAAGGCUAAUCAGAUUCGGAAGUGUCAACAGAGCACUUCAGCAAUUAUUGGGGUCCGAGUGUGUGGCAUGCAGGUCUACCAAACAGGCACUGCCCAGUUAAUGUUCAUGAAUAAGUACCAUGGGAGAAAGCUUUCAGUCCAAGGAUUUAAAGAAGCACUUUACCAGUUCUUUCAUAAUGGCAAAUACCUGCGCAGGGAACUCUUUGAAUCUGUUAUAAAGAAACUGACUGAACUCAAAUCUGUCUUAGAAAAGCAGGAGUCUUAUCGCUUCUAUUCCAGUUCCUUGCUGAUCAUUUACGAUGGCAAGGAGAGGCAGGAAGUGGCUGUGGACUCGGACCCAGAGGACUUGGAAGACCUUUCAGAGGAGUCUUCAGAUGAAUCAGCAGGAGCAUAUGCUUACAAACCCACUGCUAGUACUGUUGAUGUCCGUAUGAUAGACUUUGCCCAUACUACCUGCAAGUACUAUGGAGAAGAUAGUGUGGUGCAUGAGGGCCAAGACACGGGUUACGUUUUUGGACUUCAGAACUUAAUAGAUAUUAUUAAAGAAAUAAGAGACGAAAGCAGCGAAUAAACAGUUUGAAUGCACACCAGUAGAAAGCACUAUAGUGACUCUUUGUAUUCCAAAAUUAUUGGCCACUUUCUGGUGGUAGGAAUCUUUAUAGACUCUGCAGGGAUGGUCCCACCAGAGUCGGACUUGUUCAGAGGGCAUUUACUUACAUUGGUGCUACACCUAGCACUGGCAAAUCUUGGUAUCCUUAUUUAUUUUAACUUUCUAAACAUUCCAUAUUUGCUGAUUCAGAUACCUCUGUUAUCCCUGUGUGUAUAUGUUCCAAUAAAACUUUUUGUUCAUUGUAAA